GAAUUACGAGGAAUGAUCUUGUUGAAAUAUACAGAAUUCUGAUGGGCUUAAAAGGGCCUUCAGGGAUGAUAUUUGACUGACCAGGUAUCCAUAGCCAGAGGUCACAGUCUCAAAAUAGUGGCUGGGUCAUUCAGAAAAGGUUAAAAGGAACGGAGAGAGUUGUUCUAUUCCACUGACGUUCUGUGCCAGCAACAUGAAAUUGUCCAAUCUUAUGCCGCGCCAAUGGAUUUAAGUGAAGGAUCCAAAGAUUCUGUGCCUGCUCUUCAUCAGUGGUCAACCAAGCGCAAAGAACAAAGCGAGGGAAUGGAGGUGUCACAUGCAUUGGUUGAAGAUCCAGAAAGUGAGGUGAGCGAAAACUGCAGGCAAGGUGCAACCACUGGGCCUGAAGAUGCGAAGGACUUGGGUGGCAGUGGUGAUCUGGAAUUAAAGGUGGACUCUGAUGCACAUCAAAGUAAUAUCGGGACACAAGGUAGCAAGCAACCAUCUGCUGGUGACCCUCCGGCCAAAAGAAUAAAACUUGACACUUUGGAAGGAUCGCACGAUAGCAGGAACACUGUGGUCGCAGAGACCAAUUCACUGCCAAUUCUGCCAUCUGACCUGAAGCAAUCUCAGAUGCAUACCAGUGAAGUGCAAAAUGAUGUCAAGGGAGUUGCAGAAGACCAAACUGGAGUUUGCCAGAAUCAGACUAACAAGAUUGAAGCAGGAGCAGCUCUGCCAUGCGCCUCUUGCAACUUUACAGCGAGAAACAAAAUUGCACUAAAAAUUCACACAAAGCAACUUCACUUCAAUGACAAUGAUCUUGUCUGUGAGAUCUGUAAUGUUACCAGCUUAUCAAAGAAGAGCCAUAGAAAGCACCUUUCUUCAAUUCUCCACAAAAAGCUAUCGAAAGGCACAAGGAAAAAUACAGGCACAAAGGAAGGAUUUAACUGUAGGCUUUGUGGCCUGUUGUUGCCUUCGCGCUAUGACUUGGACAAACACAUUAAGGAGAAUCAUUCUAAAAGGUCCAAAGCCCAUGUUUGCCCUCAGUGCAAAUUCAAGGCAGAGAGUGGAGCAGCUUUGCAGGCACAUCUCAAACAAAAUCAUGUGCAAAAAGAAAGUUUAAGCUGUGAGUUGUGUGGCUUCCGAUGUUACGAUGAAAACCUACUGAAAACCCAUUGCCAUGGGAAAACCCACCUCCGCCGUAAGAAUCUUGCGGCACGAGGUGGAUAUAUACAUUUGCUCUCCAAAAAGAGGCCUCCCGCCGAAUCUGGUUCAAAAGGCAAAGUGGACAGAGCAAAAUGCAUUAAUUCCAAUGACUUAAAUUUGAGCAAGAAACCCGAAAAUUUGGGAAGAACAAGGAGCAAAAGCUCUGCGCAGAAGAAUAACAGAAGUGCAAAGUGUUUUGAGAAAUCCAAGCGUCCAGGUAAUGAUCACUGUGAAGAAGCUGCAUCCAGUAAAACAGAUGAACGAGCAGAGCUUGAUGAUAGCUGUGCUGGAAAAACAAUGCCCCAAAGAACUUCACGAAGAGUAAAGGAGCCAACUCAUCUUCUCAAGGAACAGGUUGGCAAACAAAGAUUAAAGUGCUCUGAAGAAGGUAUCAUUAGUGGUUUGAGACCACGUAGUGGGCGAUGCACGGACAACUCUGAACAUAUUCGGCGUACGAGAAGUGGGCUUUCCCAUGAAUUGGUGAGGAAACAGAGGCUUUCUCAAAACCUUAGAGGACGAAGAAGUCUUUUGACAAAGGAUAAGUGCCAAGGCAGAGACCGGCAUCCUCGUCGUAGAGAGGUUAUUCCUGAUUUCCAGCCAAGUAGAGGCAAACCUCCUGGAAAGAGAAACGGGGGUGUAAAAUCGAAAGGUAAAAAUGUCAGAGCAACAGACAAACAUGACGAUAAACCUGAGAAUGAAGCGGAACCUGGUGAUGCAGCCUCAUCAAUGGUAACCGAUGAUGUGAAUGUAGAAAACAAGAAGUCUUCUACAAUAAGUUGCCCAAAUGGAAAUGAAGAAGACCAAACAACUACACCAGUUGUUCUUCAUGAACCAACACUAGUUAAAAACAACACAGAAAGUACGUCCCAGGUUCAAAACCUCGUGUCCCCAUCUACCAACAUUGGAGAUAAUAAAGGCCCCAACCUUGAGAACCCUGAAAUAAAGCUAAGCCCGGCCGACCGCAAAGCCCUUCGCACUUGCUCCUACUGUAGUCAUGUGUUUCAGAACAGAAAAGGGUUGGAGGUUCACAUAAAGAGGCGCCACACAAAAGAAAUGGACUUCCACUGUCAACCGUGUGGCUAUGCUUGUGUCACAAAGGGUGACUUUGAAAAGCAUUGUCAAAGCAAUAGGCAUCAAUUAAAUUUCUCUCAAAUUGAUUGUCGGCUCUGCACGUUUGUGACCACAGAUGAAGGGGCUCUGAAGGAGCACAUGAGCCAAGAACACAAAAUGGCCUUUUACUGCUCAACAUGCAGACUGCACUUUGCACUGGAAGAGGAUCUCGUUGAUCACGAAGGCUCUGAGCAGCAUACAAGCCAACUGCUUCCACCACAGAAAGAGAACACAUUGGAACAAAUUGCAAAUCAACAGCCGAGGGAAGAAAAUCUAAUUAAAAUCAUCUCAGAUGGCAAUGGAGAACUCGCCAUUCCAAGAUCUGGCCUUUCGUUAAGAGAUCCCCAGAAACCUUCUAUAGCCAGAGUGGUUGCAGGUAACAUUUUGAGGCGUUCAACACAUAGUAGGCAUCAAUUGCAGUGCAAAAGCUGCUUUUACAAAGCUCGAUCAGCAACUGUACUUUUGAAGCACAUAAGACUCCGACAUGCACAAGAGUAUCGAUUUCUUUGCAAAGUAUGUAGCCUCUACACGAUUAGCAGAGAAGCUAUGGAAAAACAUAUUAAACGGAGUAGACACAUUGAGAAUGCUAAGAAAAGAAACCUAGGGCCAUCAGUGGAUGAAUGUGUGGAAGAGGUGUCCAUCGAUAUCCAGGAUGUCCAAAAAACUAUAAAGACUACUGGGGCUUUGGGGAAUGUUAAUAGUGAGAUAGACAAAGGCUGCGUCCAGGUCCUUGAGCCUUCGAAAUCCAAAGAGGAAUUUGUUGUAACCUGGGAAAUAUCAGAAGGUGAUGCAACCAAUGUGGAAAAUGUUCAAAAAGACAGUGUUCUUCCGAUAACAGAAGGCAUGAAGAAAGAGCGGCCAAAAGGUGCUAUCUCCAGAACGUGUCCCCAAUGUGGUUUAUUGGCUUCCAGUGUGACAAACCUGAACAUUCACAUAAGGCGGAAACACAGCCAUCAAUAUAGCUACUUUUGCAAGGCAUGUAACUACUAUACUGUCACCAAAGGAGACAUGGACCGUCACUGCAACACAAAGAAACACAAAAAUCGCGCUGAUGUCUCCAAGCCUGUAGAGAUCUGUAGGAAAGCCAUCACACCUGACAACAUUAAGGAAAAUCCUCAAACGGUUGGAACUGAUCCUCCUGCACUUCCUGCAAUUGAUUGCGUUGAGCAAAGCAACAGAGUUUCAACUCCAGAGAUUACUGAAGUAAAUGGGCAAGCUGGAGUCGUUGAAAACUGUACCCGUGUAAAUUUAGAGAGUGUAACGUCAGUCCAAAAUCAGUCGCGUGUGGAUGAGCAAAAAGGGCCAGAGACAAUUCUUGAGGUGGAAUCAAAUAGUACGGGGCAGGAUGGCAGUUCAUCAAGUUCAAAGCGACUCAAAGGAAACCAUGCCACUACUUGUGCGUACUGUGGUUUUGUGGCUUAUUCCCAAGCUACUCUGGAAUUGCAUGUUAAGCGCAAACACACAAAGGAUUUUGACUACUACUGCAUGGCCUGUGACUACUAUGCUGUCACUAGACGGGAAAUGAUGAGACAUGCUUUUACAGAAAAGCAUAAGCUCAAAAGUCAAUCCUACCUUAAAUUAAAUCAUGUUAAAGGACAACCUGAGAUGAGUGGAUCCAUAACACCAACUGAUGCGGCAAACGAUGGGAAUAAGAAGGAAGAGAAUGAGAAUUCUACACUUAAAGGGAGAAGCGAUGAGGGGGAGAAAGCUUCAGAAAUUCCUCUAGAGGCUACCCAGGAGUUUGCAUCAAGCAUUGAACCUGAGAGAUUACCAGAAAGCAAGGAGGUAACUUAUGAGCAUGAAGAGACGACUGCUGUGUUUGAGUCGACAGAAACGGAGGAAAAAUCCUUCCAAAUUGAGAUGGUUAACCAAGAAGAACUUGUUGAGACAUUACCCACAGUGCAGAAUUCAGAGAAUUGUGCUGAAGUUGAACCUGGAAAGUUAAAUGCAGAUACCACCUGCCCAGGCGCCAAGAGUCAUUCCCGAGAUUUGAAUUCUGCUUCAGUUGAGUCAGUGCAACAGGAAAACUCUCACGAUCAGGUUUGUGAUGCACCACUGGAAGGCAAUUCAAGUCGGCGUGUAGACACAGUCACAGUGCAGGAAACUAAUGCGACAAGCAAUGACACUGAUUUACAAGUUGAAGCUUCUCAGACUGGAGCAGUGGAUGACCAACUAGCGGGAUCCCAAGGAAGUGAUAGUCCGAAAGAUGAUGUUAAAUCGACUGUGAACUUGAGUAGCAGACCAAGUGAAAUGGUUGAUCCAAAUGCAAACAUGUUAAGUGACAGUGGUUUGCCAGAGGAUGCAAAGCUGGGAGUGGAACCUUCAUCCCUCCUUGGAGGCAGUGAAGGUAACUCUACAGAACAGAGUGAAGAUGGAGAUCCGAAUGUCACAGGAAUUCAGCAGCCAGAGAGGAAUCUGGAUAACAUUCAAGUUAACCUUGUGCAGCAAGUUGAGAACAGCUGUGAAGACAUUGCUGCUCCAGCUACAACGGAGGUGCCUGGGCAAAAUGAGGCAGACUGUAAUCAGGUUAUAGAGGCUGAAGAAGCUCAAAAUAAAGGCCAAGCAAUUGUGAGUGAGAAGACAGUGGAUGCAAAUAAAGUGACACAAGACCUGGACGGUGACACUGUGGAAGCAGCUGAGAGUUCAAGCGAUGACCUUCGAAAGAUGGAAUUCCAGGUUAAAGGACUGCAAAAAUAUUUUGAGUUUGAUGCUUCCAUUGUCCGAUUAAAGAACAAGUCAUUGACUGAAAAACCUGAGGGCACUGACACUAGUGAGGAUAGCCAAGGAGUGGAUGGAAUCUCACCCAGCGAGUGGGCUGUUGCGAUUUACAAGACAGAUCUUUCACAGCCUGCAAGGAAGAGGAAAGCCAAAGGUGCCUUGCUGCAGGACCCAAAACGUAUUUGCUGUGAAGACUGUGGGUUCUUAGCUGAUGGUAUCAAUGGGUUGAAUGUCCACAUCGCUAUGAAGCAUCCUUCUGCAGAAAAACACUUCCACUGCUUGCUGUGUGGGAAAUCCUUCUACACAGUGAGUAACCUGCAUCAGCAUUUGGCCAGUGUUGGUCACCAGAGGAUGGAACAGGAGAGCGUGGAAGAGUUGCCUGAGGGUGGAGCUACCUUCAAAUGCGUCAAGUGCAGCACACCUUUUGAUUCAGAGCAGGACCUCUUUGUACACAUAAAGCAGAAGCAUGAGGAAAUGCUGAGGGAAGUAAACAAGUACAUCGUGGAAGACACUGAGCAGAUAAACUGUGAGCGGCAGGAGAAUCGAGGAAACGUCUGCAAGUACUGUGGGAAGGUGUGCAAGAGCAGCAAUUCUCUGGCAUUUCUUGCUCACAUCCGCACGCAUACUGGAUCAAAACCUUUCCGAUGUACACUCUGCAAUUUUGCAACAGCACAGUUAGGAGAUGCUCGUAAUCAUGUCAAACGACAUCUUGGGGUGCGUGAAUACAAGUGCCACAUGUGUGGAUGGGCCUUUGUUAUGAAGAAACAUCUUAGCACUCAUUUAUUGGGCAAACACGGUAUUGGAACACCAAAGGAAAGGAAAUUUGUGUGCGAAAUCUGUGACCGGACUUUCACAGAGAAGUGGGCCUUGACGAAUCACAAGAAGCUGCACAUGGGCCAGAAGCCAUUCAAGUGCCCUUGGCUGACCUGCCACUAUUCCUUCCUCACAGCAUCCGCCAUGAGAGAUCACUUUAGGACCCACACAGGGGAGAAGUCAUUUCUGUGUGACCUCUGCAGAUUUGCCGGUGGAACUCGCCAUGCUCUAACAAAACACCGACGACAGCACACAGGUGAAAAGCCAUUCAAAUGUGACCAGUGCAACUUUGCUUCCACAACGCAAUCUCAUCUGACCCGACACAGACGUGUCCACACAGGAGAGAAGCCUUAUAAGUGCCCUUGGUGUGAUUACAGGUCGAACUGCGCUGAGAAUAUCCGGAAGCACAUUCUGCACACUGGCAAACACGAGGGUGUACUGAUGUACAAUUGCCCAAAGUGCGAGUAUGGAACCAACAUCCCAUUAGAAUUUCGGAACCACCUCAAGGAGCUUCAUCCUGAUAUCGAGAAUCCAGAUCUGGCUUAUCUGCAUGCAGGCAUAGUCUCCAAGGCAUAUGAGUGUCGACUAAAAGGACACGGGGCACAAUUUGUGGAAACAGCUCCUCCAAGCGCAGAAUCUACUGAAAUUGUGGGCAACUCAGUCAAUGGCAGCUUUCAGCAGCAGGAACCAACCGAGUCUAUCGGGCAAGUCAUCAUUAUUCAAGGCUAUCAAGAUAGCUUUGGAGAAGGUGUUGCCAUCGAUGCCUCUAUGGAAGCUACCGCAGCAGCGACACUUCAGACGCUGGCCAUGGCUGGCCAGAUGACCCAGGUGACGGAGGUGGUCCACCUGACGGAAGACGGUCAACUGAUAGCCACGUCACAUAGUGCCGCACACGCGGGCGCCAUGAUGCCCGGGCAGCUUCUGUCAAGUCACCUGGCGUCCGGCACCACCCAGGUGGUCGUGGUGGAGAGCACCAUCGAAGGAGGGGACCUGGAGGAUGCAUCCAUCACCAUGGAAACGCUUGCUGAUCCCAGUCGGGUCAUCGAACAGGUGGUGACGCAGGAGGACUCAGAGGGGCAGUCGGCGGGCACGCCCACGGCACUGGACGCGCUACUGUGCGCCAUCACGGAGCUGGGGGCGGUGGAGGUCAGGUCCACUGAGCAGCGAGGCCGUGAGCCCACCAAGGCGGAGUACUGCGCGGCGGGGCCUGGCGCCGAAGGGGCCGCGCCGCUCCCAAGCGCGAUGCUGGCAGGUGUGGAGCAGCUCUCCCACAGGGUGCAAGCCGCCAAUGCAGCCAUGAAAGCCGUCAUUGUGGCUUCAGACGUCGGGCAGCCGACUACUGUUACUGCCGCACAACCUGUUACUCAUGCAUCUCUCAGUGAAAUGGUGCAGGAGGUACUACAGUUCACCAUGUGCGACCUAAGGACAGCCAGCCACAUUGUGAAAGACGGCAUCACGCAGGUCAUAGUGACUGAGGAGGGGGCUGCUCACAUGGUGGAGGGAGCAUCCCAGAUCAUAAUGCACGAAGGUGACGAGCAAACGAUAACCACCAGCGGUCACCCUGUGCAGCUGAUAGACUCCGACGGCAGUAUAUCGCAGUUAAUAGUCAUGGAGGAAAUUGCCCAAGCCAUAGUUCAAGGGGCCGCUGCUCACAUGUCCGAGGAAGCAACGCACGUUUUUGUCACGGAGCUGCCGCACGGCAUGGUGAAAGGUAUAGACACCAGGACGGUGACAGAGGUUUACCCACACAGCAUGAUGGAGCUGGUGACUGACGCCGUCUCAUCGCUCGGUCACCCGGUGACAACCAUUGCGCUGACAGAAUGCUACUCGGAGGCCAGGUCAGAAAUCGUCAUGACUGAAUUGCCAGCAGAAACGCAGCAGGAAAUGGAAAUUGGCGGGAACCAGGAGGCAUGACACUCCAUGGGUAGAGCAAGAAACGCAGCGAAAAGAUGCCAUGGUAAAUACAUGGUCAUUUGGCACCUGUCUGCAACUGGGAAUCUGGCUAUGAAUCCGUGAUGGGGAGAAUAAUAUCCAUUGAACAAGCGAUAACUUAUUAUGAGGACUUCACUGGAACAAUGGAAUUUUGUUUUUUAAUUCACAGUCUGUGACCAUACAGCUCUCGCAGUCAAGUAUGUGCCGGAUGCCUUUUGAAGGCAGCACGGGAGAGUGUAGAUUGGCCUGUGUGUUGCCAUGUACCUCUGCAAUCUCCAUGUAUGGAUUUGCUCAUCCCAGCUGUCAUCAAAGUGGAACGACCCCAGGGGGGGGUAACGCAUAGAGGUGAAAGGGUGUACGUGAGAAAAGGAGGGGAACUUUGGCAAUAACUCAAGAACAGUCUUAGUCUUUGUGGAUCAGGUGGAGAGGGGGGGGGGGAGUUUUGAGAUCACCUCAGUCUCAGGGAGUGAUGUGGAUCUGGGGGAACCAAAAGUAGUGAGAAAGAAACAUGGUUUACAAAUGAGUUCAUAAAAUGAAUCAUUUAAUUGGGUGACUCAGUCGACCUACGUUUUGUUUCCCCAUUUGAGCACUAAAGAUCCUGAGUGUGAAUCGCCUCAGAACUUUGGUACAAAGCUGAAAGCACUGAUUGAUUGCCACAUAUUUCUUUAAUUACCUUCCUUACACUCAGCAGGAGCAGGAACUGAACGAAAGCCCAGCCAGAAGACAAAGGAAAGGGGUGGGAGAGCUGAGAGAAGGGAGAACUGUAUUCCUUGCAUUUUCCGAACUUACUUUUGGAUUCUGUCAAGGAUGAGGAGAGAGAAAUGAGUUCAAGAAAGUUAUACAUAGCCAGCCUCCAUGAAAUGCUAGAUGUAGUUAGCUAUUUAUUUUUGGUUAUUCAGAUGCUGAUAUUUCUGCCCAAAUUUAUAAAUCCUGAAGAAUGCAGUGGACAUGUUGCUUGUUUUCUUUUGCUUUACUUUUUGGGAAGGAGGGGACAGAGGGUCAGGGCAUAUCAGAAGGAGGUAACAUUUUAAAUGACAUGGAAGAGCAAAUAUACAGGCUUAGGUGGCCUGUAUAACUGUAUAAUAGAUGCAAGAUAACUUGAUAAUGUACGCUUUUAUGUUUGACAAUCGUUAAUCUUGCUUCGGAAAAAGAAAAAGUUUCUUUUUUUUUUGUUAAGUGCUUGUACCAAUAAAGGUUCUGGAUAAAGAGA